AUGCGUCCCUCAGUCGCGUUUAUUCCUCUGUUCAUGUCCCUUUUUGCGCAGUCCUCUCGUGAAGAGCUCAACCAAAUUCAAGGUAGCUGCAAUCACCAAGAGCGCGACUCCGGCCUCGACGGCCACUGCGGGUGUAACCUCGGCCUCUACUGCAAGCGACCCGACUCCGACGGCCAAGAGCUAGAUGUAUGCAUGGAUAGAACGAUCCCUCUUUCUCUGCUGGUCAUGGGGAACUCGUCGAAGAACGGGCCAUUGGAUGUCGAAACGGGGACCUCGGGAGCCAAGAAGGAUACGGAAAUGAUAGACCUGCAGAUAUGCGACACCCUGGUUUCCGGGAAUUCAGCCCAAAACUCAGACUAUGAAUACCGUCGCGUCAAGAUUACGUGUGCACAUAAUUUAUCGAUCAACUUGAAGAACAUUCUUGUCGCUCAAAAGAACAUGGGCGACUACAUUGUCGUAGAAAAGGCGAGGCCUCGCUGCGGAAGGUAA